AUUUGAGCAUUGGCUAAGGUUGUGGAAAAACCAGAGGUAACAAACCGAAGAGAAACAAGAAAGGUGCAAUUUAAGAAUGAGUAACAGUUUUUAUUGUCAGGUGCAACCACCUUCCUAUGUGACGGCGGCGCCGAUUCUCCGUGCGGUGGAGACUUGUUCCACCAUGGCGGAACUCAAACAACACCACUCUCUCAUCCUCCGCCUUGGUCUCUCCACCGACAACCACGCCAUGUCUCGCAUUAUCAACUUCUGCUCCAAACACCACCAAUUCCACUACGCUCUCAAAGUCUUCAACACAGUUCCAAAUCCAGAUACCUUUCUCUACAACACCCUUUUCAAAUCCCAUUUCAAUUCUCUUUCCCAAUCGCAAACACAAACACAAACACCCUUCAAUGUGUUUCUCUUCUAUUCCCACAUGCUCCAUCAAUCACUCACCCCUAACUCCUUCACAUUCCCCACUCUCAUAAGGUCUUGUUCCUUUUACAAGCAAGUCAAACAGCUUCAUGCCCAUGUUAUUAAAUUCAGAUUUGGUUCUGAUGUGUUUGCUCUUAACAACUUGAUUCAUGUUUACUUUAGUUUUGGUUCUUUGGUGGAUGCUAGGAAGGUGUUUGAUAAAAUGCCUGAACGGAAUAUCGUGUCUUGGACUACUGUCAUUUCUGGGUACUCUAACUGUGGGCAGGUGGACGAGGCUUUUCGUGUUUUUGAACUUAUGUCUGAUAAGAAAUCAGCUUCUUGGAAUGCUAUGAUUGCGUGUUUUGUACAGAAAAAUCGUUUUAAGGAGGCGUUUGAUUUGUUUAACAGGAUGAGAGUGGAGAAGGUUGAGGUGGAUAAGUUUGUGGCUGCUAGUAUGGUUUCGGCGUGUACGGGGUUAGGAGCUUUGGAGCAGGGGAAGUGGAUACAUGGAUAUAUUGAGAGGAGUGGGAUUGAGAUGGAUUCCAAGCUUGCUACGACCAUAAUUGAUAUGUAUUGUAAGUGUGGUUGUUUGGAGAAGGCGUUUCGAGUGUUUAAUGGAUUGCCUAGAAAAGGAGUUUCGUCUUGGAAUUGUAUGAUCGGAGGGCUUGCGUUGCACGGGAAAGGAGAGGAUGCAAUCAGGCUUUUUGGGGAGAUGGAAAGAGAAAUGGUUGUUCCUGAUGCCAUUACUUUUGUUAAUGUUCUAACUGCGUGUGCUCAUUCUGGAUUGGUUGAGGAAGGGCGUUAUUACUUUCGUUACAUGACAGAGGUUCAUGGUGUUGAGCCGGCUAAGGAGCAUUAUGGUUGCAUGGUUGAUUUGCUUGCUAGGGCUGGAAGGCUAGAUGAAGCAAAAGAGGUAUUGGAUGAGAUGCCGAUGAGUCCCGAUGCUAGUGUAUUGGGUGCACUUCUCGGAGCUUGUAAAAUCCAUGGGAAGUUUGAGUUAGGAGAGUCGGUAGGGAAGAGAGUGGUUGAACUAGAGCCCGGUAACAGUGGACGUUAUGUAAUGCUGGCUAAUAUAUAUGCUAGUAGUGGUAAAUGGAAACACGUCGCUGGUGUGAGGAAAUUGAUGGAUGAUAGGGGAGUAAAGAAGGAACCGGGGUUUUCCAUGAUUGAAAUGGAGGGCAUUGUCAAUGAAUUUGUUGCUGGGGGACGGGAUCACCCUCUAGCUAAAGAAAUAUAUGCCAAAGUUAAUGAGAUGUUGGAAUCAAUCAAGUUGGUUGGUUAUGUUCCUGACCCUGAUGGUGUUUUGCAUGAUCUACUUGAGGAGGAAACAGAAAAUCCAUUAUUCUACCAUAGUGAAAAACUUGCAAUUUGUUAUGGUUUAUUAAAGACUAAACGAGGAGAAACCCUUCGAAUCACCAAGAAUCUAAGGGUUUGUAAAGAUUGUCACCAAGCAUGUAAACUGAUUUCGAAGGUUUAUGACCGGAAUAUAAUAGUAAGAGAUAGGAACCGUUUCCACCAUUUUAGUAAUGGAGAAUGUUCUUGUAAAGACUACUGGUGAUUGAUAUUGCAAUUAGUUACCAGAUUCUUUUUGUAUAAAUCCUUUGGCAAAACGGUGCCCUCACCCUUCAGAAAAUAGAACUCAAACAGGGAGAGUAAAAUAAUGUUAUGGAAAAUGAAAAAGAAAUACAAUAGAAAGAAAAAGGAGGCCAAAGGGUGUGUGUGAAAGAAAGUGGAGUAUGAGAAUAUAAUAAGAACUAUUAUACCAAAAGCAACCUGCUUAUAACAUUAACAUAUGUCUGUGUAUCUAAUCUUUAGUGUCCAUAUUUAUGUAAUGUAUCUAAGCUUUAGUGUCCAUAUGUAUGUAUAUACUUAUGUAGAAGGGUAUAUAAUAAGCUUAAAAUGUAUGUACAGAAACAUGUACACAUUAUAGUGUAAUGGUCGUUGGACGCCUUUUGUUAGCCUAAAAUUACUUGAUCGUUUCUGUGCUCCAUAAUCUACUAUCUAGCUAUUAAUAGAAGAUGCCACAAUUCUACCCAAAAUACCCUUCACUCU